AUGCUCUCACUCCUGGUGCUGCUCUUGCAAGUGUGCGUAACGUUUGCGUCGUCCUUGAAGGGACCGCAAGUGUUGUUUGUGUACGAUGAUAAGCUAUCGCCAUUGGAGUCGUAUACCGAUAUCGUGUCUCGUCUUGAGGAUGAUGGAUUCCAGGUUGAAACCGCUGAUGCAGGUAGCGAUGUCUCAUUGCAAACCAAUGGUGUGUUUAAGUACCAGCACGUUGUGCUGCUACCAUCAAAGCAGAGAAGAUUGGGCUCUGACAUUACCGGAGCUCAGUUGGUUGAGUUCUUCAACGCUGGGGGCGAUGUCUUAGCAUUCACGUCGCCACUGGGUGUAUCUGAAGCCGUGAGAACCUUUUUGAAUGAGCUUGGUAUCUAUCCAUCUCCAAAGGGUCAAGAAUUGACCGAUCAUUUCCAGUCAAAUGGCGAAUCCGGAUUGGACAACGUUGUUACUGUUAAAGGUGACGAAUACUCUUUAAUCAUCCCAUCAUCUGACUCUUUCAAAUACUCAGGUUCUGCUGCUUUGCUUUCAAACAACCCACAAUUGACUCCUUUGAUCUCUGCCCCUGCCACCUCCUUCACAAAGCCUUCAAAGCAGGAAGAUCCAUGGACUCAGGGCCAGCAGGGCUUCCUCGCAGCCGUGUUCCAAGGUUUGAACGAUGCAAGAGUCUCGUGGGUUGGUGAUUCCAAGCUUGUUUCUAACGAGGGAUUGAAGCAAGUUGAUGCUCACUCUUUGAUCCAGUGGACAUUUGGCGAGACAAACGUUCUCAGAAUCAAAAACAGUUCUCAUUCCCAUGUUGAUGGAACCACGUAUCAACAGAGACCUUACAAGAUUACUGAUGAUAUCCAUUACGAGGCUACGAUUGAGCAGUGGAAUGGUGUAGAGUGGAUUCCAUUUGUAUCUGACAAAGUCCAACUCGAGGUCAAGUUGUUAGAUCCUUAUCACAGACUCACAUUCACCAACGUGUCAUCCGAUGGAGUUUAUUCAAUCGAUUUCAAAUUGCCUGACCACCACGGUGUCUUCACCUUCCAAAUGGAGUUCAAACAACCAUUGUACACUUACUUGGAACACAAGGACGUGCUGAGUAUUAGACAUCUGGCCAACGAUGAGUACCCAAGAUCCUGGCAAAUCACAUCAGCUUGGGUAUACAUCACGUCCAGCGUGGUUGUCUUCACAGCAUGGUUCGUCUUUGUAUUGGCAUUUCUUUACCUGAGGGAUGAAACCACCGUCACUGAUAAGAAGGAGAAAUGA